AUGGCAGUAAUGCAUCGCCACAGUACAAGCUGCUGUUCCCCAUGUUGUAGUGACUCCUCCCUGACAGCAGGCGGCGGUGACGAGCGCGCUGUGAGUCAUCGACCAAUGCAAGAAAAAGAGGUUGUUGUUGCUAGCUUACGAAGUGGCAGGCGAGCAAAUAUGGAUCAGAAAAUCCCUUAUGAUGACUAUCAGCUCCCAGUGGUGUUCCUGCCUUCCUAUGAGAACCCACCAGCAUGGAUACCUACACAGGAGCGGGUUCAUCACCCGGACUACAACAACGAGCUCACCCAGUUUUUACCUCGCACCAUUGUGUUGAAGAAACCUCCCGGAGCACAGCUGGGCUUCAACAUCCGCGGAGGAAAGGCAUCACAACUGGGAAUCUUUAUAUCCAAGGUGGUCCCAGACUCGGACGCUCAUAGAGCAGGACUUCAGGAGGGCGACCAGGUUCUCUGUGUGAAUGAGGUUGAUUUCCAAGACAUAGAGCACUCCAGAGCUGUAGAGAUUCUGAAGACUGCACGAGAAAUACUGAUGAGGGUUCGCUUCUUUCCCUACAAUUACCAGAGGCAGAAGGAGAGGACUGUACAUUAGGUGGCAGCAGAGCGAGCGAGCGAGCGAGAGAGAGAGAUGUGGACAGAGGCGUCGCUGAGCGUCACCACCCUCCUCCCACAGACUCUGGCCUCCAUUCUGUCUCAGCCUCAGCAUGACUGAUGUAUGACUAACAGACUCAUUCACAGUCCUCCAUGUAAGGACAAUCUAUACUCUGUUGCAUACUCAGUUUCCUCUCUCACACCCCAAUUUCCUGUGAUACACGAUGAUGUCCGCUCAGUCAUGAUGUAUCUACAGGAAGCGAGAGAAACAGAAGCUUAGUAGACAUUUUAUACCAUAAAUUAUAUAACUGAUACACAUUUUCUAGUCAUGCAUAACAUUUAUAGACCAUACGUAAUUUAAUCAAACAUUGCCUUCACUCACUUUUUCAUAAGCCCUGAUGAGAUGUUUCUGCUGUAGUCUUAGAAAUAUAUUCAAAUCAAGAACAGAGUAGCGUUUGUGUGCGAUGUACACGUUUGCCUUCAUGACACUGAUAUAGAGUAAAGAUUUAUAUAUACAUACGCUCAGCUGCUAGUUUUAUUAGGUAUGCAUUGCUAAAAGUAAAGCAGUCGAAUAAAUCAGCCCAGCAAUAAAUCCUGCUGUCAGAAGUUUGACCGAUGCUUUUAACUCAGGAUCCACUUACUGGCUUUGUCUAGAGCUUUCAGCUGUUCUUAUGUUUCUUAUAUUUUGUCCACCCCAUCUAUGUCAAUGGGUAGACUAAAUACUGGAAACACUGCAGUACAACUCAGUUCCAACAUGACCAUACAGAUUAAUCAACCACUCUGAAACAGUUUAAACAAAAGCUGAACAUUAUAACCCUCAUGAGGGGAGGAAUGUUGAAUUAAACCGCUUAAACUGGCAACUGAGUGCUGAGUACGCUUAAGAAACGCUACAUAUGGUUUUCAGCACUCGUAUGGUACAAAGACAGCAGGGUGGUAAAUAUUUACAUAUAGCGUAUGAUGGUGCAAAACUUCUGCUAAAUUUGAAUUUUAUCUAAAUAUCACUGUGAAUAAACUGCAGAUCCAGUUUUUAUAUAUUUAACAAGAUUUUUUUUUUAUUAUCGUGUUGGAGGUUGGACAUUGUGUAAAUAUAUUUCCGCGACUGCUUAUGUAUUAUUUUAACACUGUCGGGUAAUUGUGUUUAUUUCUCACACAUCAUAACAAAAAAACUGCCUCUGGGUUGGAUGAUAUUGUAGUUACUUGAUGUACGAGCUGAGGUGCCAAAUUGUUGAUAGGUGUAAUUUCUGACGUGCUGUUCUUUUACCUGCGCAAUCGGGUAUUUGGGGGUUGUUGACUAAUCCGCCAUGCUGUUGGAGGUGCACAUGAAGAGGUCACGGGCAGUGAGAGAGCGCUAUCGCUCAGGUUAUCACUCUGAAUACUUCUCUUGUUGGUGCAAGUGCAUGACAACAGUAUGUGGUGUAGUGCAGGGACCUGUGGAGCUCUGUUGCAACUAAACCAUCUGUAGGGACAAGCCUUGAGUCCACAAAGUUUCAACUUCUGUCAGUAGCACUUGGCUGGAGCGCAGGUAUGUAAUAAGAUGACAUGGUGAAAUUGUUGGGCAAAAAAAAAAAAGAGAGAUAAACAUCAACUUCAUAUCUUCUGAGCACGUUCUGAAAGUCCUGUCCUGUUUCAUUGCACUUCCGACACUAUGACGGAUGAUAUCGCUCAGACUUGUUGAUUUUUGACGUCGGCGUGGGUAAAAGAAUUGCAGUGCGUAACAAAACGUUGCACCACGUACUUUUGUUGGGUGGUGGAGUCGGUUAUGGUCUGUCAGUCGAGAAUUUCGUGUCUGCAGGAUUUCAUUCUAACUGAUGACUUUAUCGGGUAUUUUCAUCAUUUCAGCCUCUGUGGUUCAAAAUGUGUUCAUCAGUACAAUCAGCAGAUACGAGUUCAGGCCCUAAAGGUUAACUGCAUAGUUGAGAACAUUUCGAAUACUUCUGGAUGUUACUGCGAUUAACAAUUGUGUAGUGAUGUAAACACCUUCCUGCUGCAUCCCAACAUUGUCUUACUGUUUUGUAAACUAACUUGGUUAAAGAACUGGUUUUACAUCCAAUGAACUAAAGUGUUUUUUCAUAAAAUAUCAUGACAUUGACUUGAUAAAAAGCAAUAAAAAGCUUUUGAACCCUGGUAA